CAAAGGUCACUCAUCCACCCGCGCAACCACCCCCGCACGCUCGCUCCCACUACUUGCUCCAGCCCCAUCCGGACCAUCCCUCCUCCCCCUCUCCCCUCCGAUACCUUCAUCUCCCUACCCUUUCUUCUCUUCUCGCCAUCACUCUCCCUCUCUCUCUCUCUCUCUCUUCUCAUCUUAUCCCUUCUUCCUCUUCUCGGCCCAGUCAACUUAAACGCCUGUGCGCCGUCACUACUCCCCUCCCCUCUCCCCCUCCCUCCCCUCCCUCAACCUACCACCUACCGCUCCUCCGCUUUCACUAGGCGCUGGCAAGGCUCGGAGGUCUUCACCAUCUCUCACCGGCUCAAUCGAGCUCUCCACCAUCUUGCUCCGAGGCUCUUCCUCGUUCCUUUCCGUCUACAGCUUGUCAGCUGGGACAUUUGUGCAACUUUAGAACAACACCGCCAUCAUGGCCGCUGUCGCUCCCAGUGGUGUCAACGGUGGUGCCGCCGGUGGUCAGUAUGACCACUCGCGCGUCUCCCAAUUCAUCGGCGGCAACUCGAUCGAGGUCGCCCCCUCUAGCGAAGUAACCGACUUUGUCAAGAAGCAGGGCGGUCACACCGUCAUCAGCAAGGUCCUGAUUGCCAACAAUGGUAUUGCGGCCGUUAAGGAGAUCCGCUCCGUCCGCAAGUGGUCGUAUGAGACCUUUGGCUCCGACCGCAUGAUCGAGUUCACGGUCAUGGCCACCCCCGAAGACCUGCGUAUCAACGCAGAGUACAUCCGCAUGGCGGACCGCUAUGUCGAGGUCCCCGGUGGCACCAACAACAACAACUACGCCAACGUUGACCUUAUUGUUGACGUUGCGGAGCGUGCCGGCGUGCAUGCUGUUUGGGCUGGCUGGGGUCACGCCUCGGAGAACCCCCGCCUCCCCGAGAUGCUGAGGAAGGCUAAGAUCGUUUUCAUCGGUCCCCCCGCCUCCGCGAUGCACUCGCUCGGUGACAAGAUCUCGUCCACUAUUGUCGCCCAGUCCGCCGAUGUCUCAUGCAUGGCUUGGUCCGGCACUGGUAUCACCGACACGGUCCUCUCGCCCUCGGGCUUUGUGACUGUCCCCGACAAGGCUUACGAUGACGCUUGCGUCCACGACUGGGAGGAGGGCCUCAAGCGCUCCGAGACUAUUGGGUGGCCUGUUAUGAUCAAGGCCUCUGAGGGUGGUGGUGGCAAGGGUAUCCGUAUGGUUGACUCGGGCGAGAAGUUCAAGCAGGCCUUCCAGGCCGUCGCUAGCGAGGUCCCCGGCUCGCCCAUCUUCAUCAUGAAGCUCGCUUCGGCCGCUCGCCACCUCGAGGUCCAGCUUAUGGCUGACCAGUACGGCAACGCCAUCUCGCUCUUUGGCCGUGACUGCUCGGUCCAGCGUCGCCACCAAAAGAUUAUUGAGGAGGCCCCCGUCACCAUCGCUCGCCCCGAGACCUUUGAGAAGAUGGAGAAGGCCGCCGUCCGUCUUGCCAAGCUUGUCGGCUAUGUCUCGGCCGGCACCGUCGAGUACCUCUACUCGCACCACGACGACUCGUACUACUUCCUUGAGCUCAACCCCCGUCUCCAGGUCGAGCACCCCACCACUGAGAUGGUUUCGGGCUGCAACAUCCCCGCGAUUCAGCUCCAGGUCGCCAUGGGUAUCCCCCUCCACCGCAUUCGCGACAUCCGCACGCUCUACGGCAUGGACCCUCACGGCUCGACCGAGAUCGAUUUUGAUGGCGACAAGCCACAGACCGCUACUACUCAGCGCAAGCCCAAGCCUAAGGGCCACGUUAUUGCCUGCCGUAUCACGGGUGAGAACCCGGACGCUGGCUUCAAGCCCUCGUCGGGUGCUCUCACUGAGCUCAACUUCCGCUCCAACUCGAACGUCUGGGGUUACUUCUCCGUCUCGUCGGCGGGUGGUCUCCACGAGUACGCCGACUCGCAGUUCGGUCACAUCUUCGCCUACGGCAUGGAGCGUAGCGAGGCUCGCAAGUCGAUGGUUGUUGCCCUUAAAGAGCUUAGCAUUCGUGGCGAGUUCCGCACUACCGUCGAGUACCUCAUCAAGCUUCUCGAGAAGCCCGAGUUCGAGGACAACACCAUCACUACCCAGUGGCUCGACGGCCUCAUUGCUGAGGGCAUGACCUCGGAGCGCCCGGACACGACCCUCGCGGUUAUUUGCGGUGCUACUGUCAAGGCGCACAUCGCCUACGAGGCGUCCGUCGCCAAGUACAAGUCGGUUCUCGACCGCGGCCAGAUCCCCACCAAGGACACGCUUCAGACCUUCUUCAAGACCGAGUUUAUCUACGACGAUGUCCGCUACUCGUUUGCCAUGGCCAAGUCGGCCCCGCUGCAGUUCACCCUGUACCUGAACGGAGGCCGCAUCUACGUAGGCUGCCGUAGCCUGAGCGACGGCGGUCUCCUCAUCUCGCUUGACGGCGCCUCUCACACCGUCUACUACCGCGAGGAGGUCGGCGCGAUGGUCGUCUCUGUCGACCACAAGACCACCAUGAUCGAGGAUGAGCGUGACCCCACUCAGCUGCGCUCCCCUUCGCCCGGCAAGCUUGUUCGCUACCUCAUCGACAACGGCGACCACGUCGACGCCGGGCAGGCUUAUGCCGAGAUUGAGGUCAUGAAGAUGAUCAUGCCUGUCACUGCCACUGAGAGCGGUAUCGCCCAGUUCAUGAAGCAGCCUGGCGCCCAGCUCGCCCAGGGUGAACUCAUCGGCAUCCUCACCCUCGAUGACCCCACCAAGGUCAAGUUUGCCAGGCCAUUCACUGGUAUGCUCCCCUCCUUCGAGCUCAAGAACGGCCGCUACGGUACCAAGCCGCACCAGCGCCUCCGCGAGCACCUUGAGGUCCUCUACGACAACCUCGCCGGUUACGACAACACUUCGGCGGUCACUGCGUCGCUCAAGGUCGUCCAGUCGACUCUUCGCGACCAAGACCUUCCCUUCUCCAACGCGCACGAUGUUCUUUCGACGCUCAGCGGCCGUAUGCCCCAGAAGCUCGAGGAGCAGGUCCGCGCCGCUAUCGAGACUUGCCGCAAGGACAAGCUCGAGUUCCCUUCGGACAAGCUGAAGCGCAUCAUUCACUCGUUCAUUGACGAGAAUGUUGACUUCAAGGACCGCCAGACUGUCACCAACGCGAUCGCUCCUCUCCAGACUCUCAUUGACGCCUUUGCCUAUGGCCUCAAGGUCCACGAGUGGCAGAUCUACGCCGAUCUCCUCAACUACUUCUGCGAGAUCGAGGAGCCGUUCGCCGACAGCACCCGCACUCAGGAGGAGAUCAUCCUCAAGCUGCGUGAGGAGAACAAAGACCUUGAGCAGGUCGUCAAGCUUGUUCUCUCGCACUCCAAGGUCGCGUCCAAGACCAAGCUCAUCCUCCAGCUUCUUGACAUCGUCAAGAGCGAGUCGCCCAAGGCUGAGUCGACCACCGAGAGUGGCGUUGCCAAGGCUCUCACUCGUCUCUCUGAGCUCGACAGCCGCCCCACCGCCAAGGCUGCCCUCAAGGCGAAGGAGGUCCUCAUUGUUGGUUCGCUUCCCAGCUACCAGGAGCGCCUCGACCAGAUGGAGCGCACUCUCAACUCGGCCGUCACCACCAACUACUACGGCGAGGCCGGCGGCGGACACCGCCUUCCCUCCGGCGAGUCGCUCAAGGAGAUCACCGACUCGCGCUACACCGUCUUCGAUGUGCUAUCGACCUUCUUCGACUACAAGGACCCUUGGGUCGUCCUCGCUGCUCUUGAGGUCUACAUCCGUCGCGCGUACCGCGUCUACAACCUCAUGCACCUCGACUAUGAGCCCUCCACCGAGACUGGCGGCCCCAACAUUGUCACUUGGAAGUUCAAGUUCGGCGGUGCUGGUCUUGAGGCUGGCACGCCUCGUGUCGACUCGUCGCGUGACAUUACUCGCAUUGCCAGCAUGAGCGACCUUACCUACCUCGUCCACGCCAAGUCGGAGCCCAUGCGCUUCGGUCUCAUGACCUCGUACAACUCGCUCGAGGAGCUCAAGGGUGGCUUCGCCUCGCUCCUCACCAAGUACCCCUCGUUCGACCGUGAGGAGUUCCGUGAGAAGUACGGCAACGAGGCGCGUGACCCCAACGUGCUCAACGUCGCCCUUCGUCUGUUCCACGAUGAGCAGGUCCAGGACGCCGAGCUUCUCACGGAGUUCUUGGCCGUUGUCAACAACAACCUCAAGGCAGUCGCCAAGACCGGGUCGCGCCGUAUCACCUUCGUUGUUUGCCGCAAGGACCAGUACCCCUCGUACAUCACCCUCCGUGAGGGUGCCGACGGCUACUGGAAGGAGCAGGAGGAGAUUCGCAACAUCGAGCCCGCCCUGGCUUACCAGCUUGAGCUGGGACGUCUCUCCAACUUUAAGAUCACCCCCAAGAUGUCGACCAACCGCCAGAUUCACGUCUACCACGCCGUUGGCCGCGAGAACUCGUCGGACGUGCGCUUCUUCGUUCGUGCUCUCCUCCGCCCGGGUCGCUUCACCGGCACAAUGAAGCAGACUGAGUACCUCAUCUCGGAGACCGACAGACUCGUUGGCGACGUUCUCGACACCCUUGAGAUCGCUCAGCAGGAGUACCGCCAGGCUGACUGCAACCACAUCAGCGUCAACUGUGUCUACUCCCUUAACGUCAGCUUCGAUGACGUGCAGGAGGCUCUUGCUGGCUUCAUUGAGCGCCACGGCAAGCGUCUCUGGCGCCUCCGUGUCACCCAGGCCGAGAUCCGCGUGGUCAUCGAGGAGGAGGACGGCAACCAGAUUCCCAUCCGCGCCUUCAUUGAGAACGUUUCGGGCUUCGUUGUGAAGUACGAGGCGUACCAGGAGGUCACCAACGAGAGGGGCAAGACCAUUCUCAAGUCGAUCGGCGACCAGGGCCAGUUCCACCUCCAACCCGUCAACUUCCCCUACCCUACCAAGGAAUCGCUCCAGCCAAAGCGCUACCAGGCGCACGUCAUCGGCACCACCUACGUGUACGACUUCCCUGACCUCUUCCGUCAGGCUAUUGACAAGACGUGGCAGCAGGUUCAGCAGCUGUUGCCGAACGUCAAGAUUCCCUCCGACUUGCUGCAGGCCACCGAGCUUGUUCUUGAUGAGCACGGCGAGCUCGUGGAGGUCAACCGCCCUCCAGGCAUGAACUCGUGCGGAAUGGUCGCCUGGAUUUACACCAUGAAGACCCCCGAGUACCCCAAGGGCCGCCGCGUCGUCGUCAUCUCGAACGACAUCACGUAUCAGAUCGGUUCGUUCGGCCCUCUCGAGGACGAGUACUUCUACAAGGCUACUCAGUACGCCCGCAAGCACGGUCUCCCCCGUGUCUACCUCUCGGCCAACUCGGGUGCCCGCAUUGGUCUCGCCGAUGAGGUCAUGGCUCUCUUCGAUGUCGCCUGGAAGGAGGCCGGCAAGCCUGAGAAGGGCUUCGACUACCUCUACCUGACUCCCGCCUCGCUCGAGAAGCUCGAGGCCAUGGGCGAGGGCUCUGUUCAGACUGAGGAGAUUGAGGUCGCAGGGGAACGUCGCCACAAGAUCACCGCGAUCAUCGGUCUCAAGGACGGUCUCGGUGUCGAGUGUCUGAAGGGCUCGGGUCUCAUCGCUGGUGAAACGUCGCGUGCUUACGACGACAUCUUCACCAUCUCGAUGGUCACCGCGCGCUCGGUCGGUAUCGGUGCCUACCUUGUCCGUCUUGGUCAGCGUGUCGUACAGGUUGAGGGCCAGCCCAUUAUCCUCACGGGUGCCCAGGCCAUCAACAAGGUCCUCGGCAAGGAGGUCUACACCUCCAACAUCCAGCUCGGCGGUCCCCAGAUCAUGUACCGCAACGGUAUUUCCCACCUUACUGCGGGCUCCGACCUUGACGGUGCUCUCCAGAUCGUCAACUACCUUACCUUCAUCCCCGCCAAGCGUGGCAGUGCCAUUCCCAUCCUCCCUACCGGCGACUCUUGGGACCGUGACGUCGCCUGGAAGCCCCCCAAGGGCCCAUACGACCCCCGUAACUUUCUCGCCGGCGCCGUCGAAGAGGACGGAUUCCGCCCCGGUAUCCUCGACAACGGCUCGUUCUUUGAGACCAUGGGUGGCUGGGCUCAGACCAUCGUUACCGGCCGUGGCCGCCUCAACGGUAUCCCCGUCGCUGUUAUCGCCGCCGAGACUCGCACCAUCGAGCGCAUCGACCCCGCUGACCCUGCGAACGAGAACUCGACUGAGAGCCGCGUUGCUCUGGCGGGCACCGUUUGGUUCCCCGACAGCUCGCGUAAGACGGCCACCGCCAUCGAGGACGCGAACCGCGAGGGUCUUCCGCUCAUCAUCUUCGCCAACUUCCGUGGCUUCUCUGGUGGUAUGUCGGACAUGGCCCAGGCCAUUCUGAAGGAGGGUGCCAAGAUUGUCGACGGACUCUCCAGCUACAAGCACCCCAUCAUCGUCUACCUCGUCCCCAAUGGCGAGCUGCGUGGUGGUGCUUGGGUCGUACUCGACCCGGCAAUCAACCCCGAGUACAUGACCAUGUACGUCGACAACGAAUCGCGUGGUGGUGUCCUCGAGCCUGAGGGCAUUGUGGAGGUCAAGUACCGCAGGCCCCGUAUCCAGGCUACCAUGGCGCGCCUUGACCCCGAGUACGCUAAGCUCAAGGCCGCUGCCGAGAGCGACGCUGCCGGCCCCGAAGAGAAGGCUAAGGCUGCUCUCGCCCUUGAGGCCCGUGAGAAGCACCUCGCGCCCGCGUACCACAAUGUCGCCACCGAAUUCGCCGACCUGCACGACCGCGCUGGUCGCAUGAAGGCUAAGGCCAACUGCAUUCCUUGCGACUGGGAGAACUCGCGUCGCGCCAUCUACUGGGCUCUGCGCCGCAAGCUGUCGGAGGUCCGCAUCAUGAAGAAGAUUGCGGCUGCCAACCCCGACCUUACCUACCCCGAGCGCAAGGAGCUCUUUGCCCAGUUUCUGCCCUCGGAAGUUGGCAAUGACAGCGAGGUCGCCGCCUUCCUUGAGAAGAGCAGCGAUGCGGUCGAGGACUUCGUCCAGCAGAUCCGCGACGACUACUGCGCCAACAACAUUGUGUCGUGGGCAGGCUCAAACCAGCGCGGCGUCAUGGAGGGCUUCCAGCGGAUUCUCGACUCCCUGCCGGCCAACGAGCGUGCGCAGUUCAUCGCCUCGCUCUCGCAGCAGUAAAACCGAACAGUCUCCCGUCCCCGUCGUGUCCAUUGUUUCUGUAGGAAAGGAGCUGAAGGCUCCUGUGUGUUCAUACUACUGCCACACAGAUCGUUGCAUUCGCCAUAGAACAUAUAUACAACGUGC